AUGGCACCUGUUAUCCAUUGCGUCCGUCAUGCUCAGGGAGCCCAUAAUAUAUCUCUUGAGCACAGCAAUAUCACCGAUCCCGCUCUCACCGAAAAAGGAUAUCAACAAUGCCAACAAUUCCAAAAGAAAUUCACUGAUCACUCGCGGAUUGAUCUCCUGCUAGCCUCUCCUCUUCGACGAGCCAUUUAUACUGCCCUGGAGGGCUUCGAGCCUGUGUUCAACACAUCCCCUGAUCGACGUUUGCUCUUGCUACCUGAUCUACAAGAGUACUCUGAUUUUCUCUGUGAUGUGGGUGUUGCACGCUCGGUCCUUGAACGAGAAAUACAGGAAAAAGAGUUGCCCGUGGAUGCGAGUUUGGUUUCUGAUGAUUGGUAUCUCAAGUCAGGGAGAUACGCCCCGACCCUCGAAGCCAUCAGUCUUCGUGCUCGGGACGUGAGAUGCUGGCUAAAGGCCAGGCCGGAACGAGAGAUUGUUGUCGUCACCCACGGGGGUUUUCUGCAUUUCCUGACGGAAGAUUGGGAGGAUAGUUGUAUAGGUCUCGGUACCGGGUGGAUGAACAUGGAAUAUAGAACGUAUGAGUUCACAGAUAGUGACUAUAACGAUCUGGGUGAGGUGGACUUCCAUGGACAUAAUGCGACUCUUGUUGAAACUGCAGAGUCUCGUCUCCGUCGUGGUAAGACCGCACAACCUCCCACGCGACGGGAACAGCAACGGCUCUUCCUAUCGGGUCUUGAAGGCUGGAGAGCACAAGGGCUGUGUCUAAGUGUGGCGGAACAGCAGGCCCAAAGACCGAGCCCGACAUGA